AUGGCAGAAGAAGAGGAAAAGAAGCAAGUGAUCGCUGGAUCGUCCGGUACGAAUAGAGUCGCGAACAAUUUUGGAUCGUUUGAUAAUUACGUCGCGGGUGAUGAUUUUGAGGUGUAUGAGGAAAGAAUGGUUCAACACUUUCUUUUACACGAUGUUCCGAGGAACAGAAAAGUGCCGUUUCUAUUAACGCAUUUAGGAAUGGACACGUACGCCAUUCUUAAGAAGAUUUUGCAACCAGUGAAUCCGAGUUCCAAAACGUAUCCAGAGCUAGUAACAGCUCUGAAAAAGCAUUUUAGACCGGAUGUGAAUAAAAUAUCGGAACGUUACCGGUUCCACCAGGCUGAUCAAAAAGCGGGUCAGACAAUGUCAGAAUACGUAGUGGAAUUAAAAGCUCUCGCGGAAAAGUGUGAAUUCGAUAACUUUUUAACAGAAGCUCUCCGAGAUAGAUUCGUGUUUGGUAUCUAUGAUAGCAAGUUACGCACUCAUCUGUUGAAACAGAAAAAAAUGUCGUUCGAAAACGCAUUAGAUGAAUCGUUAAAUUGGGAAUUAGCGGAGAAGGAUAAUAAAGUGCGGGAAAACGUGUUGGGUGCGCACGUGGUGCGGCACGGAAAGCAAAAUCGCAAUCGUAGCAAAAGUCGUUCGAGGUUCACAAAUAGCAAUGGCGGUCAAAAAAAUCAAUAUGGCCGGCGAAAAGUGUGCGAGAAAUGUGGUCGUGAUCAUGAGCAGGGGAAGUGUCCAGCAAGAAGCUGGAAAUGCUUCGCGUGUGGUAAGCAAGGCCACGCGGCGAACAUGUGCUAUUCGCGAGGAUCGAAGCAAACCCGAAGCGGUAGUCAGGAUUCCAGAAAGAGCCAGACCGUAGGUACGGUUGGUGGUGCGGAUGAUCUGGUGACAGAGAUUGCCAAUCUUCGGAUGCAGUUAAACACGGUCGCGAGCGAUAAAUUGUUGGAAAAAAGCAAAGAAUGGGGCUUGUGCUUGUAUCGAAAGUGGUUCUCGGACAGGCCGUUGUUUGAAAUCAGCGAUGGGUUCUCAACCGUGACGGGACAAGGCAUACAAGUGAUCGGGGGAUUCAAUGCUGAAGUGUCCAGUAGUCAACGAGGACCGAGCAGAAAACUGGCGCUGGUGGUGAUUGAGAGUGGUAAAGCAUUCAGACCACUGCUUGGGCGCACGUGGUUGGAUGUUCUCUGGCCAGGAUGGAGGCGCAAGUUCAAGGAAAGUAUCGUGAGUAUGAAUAGUGUGGAUUGUACCCUGAUAGAUUCUAUUCGAUCGAAAUUCCCUAACGUGAUAUGUGACGAUAACAGUCCAAUUCGUGAUUUUGAAGCAGAAAUAAUCAUGGAAGAUAAUGUGCAACCUAUUUUCCAUGCUGCUUAUUCUCCUCCAUUUCAACAAAGACCAGCUAUUGAAGCAGAAUUGAACAGAUUGUGCGAAGAAAAUGUUCUAAGAAAGGUAGUUUUCAGUAAGUGGGCUUCACCCAUAGUUGUGGUGCCUAAGGCAAAUGGCAGCUUGAGACUGUGCAUUGAUUGUAAAGUAACUAUCAAUCCAUAUUUGCGAUCGGAAUAUUAUCCAUUACCGAGAAUCGACGAUAUAUUCGCGAAGUUGGGAAACAGUAAGUUCUUUUGUGUGAUUGACCUCCGGGGCGCGUAUCAGCAGUUGAAAGUUUCGGAAAAUUCACAACAGUUCCUAACUAUCAAUACGCAUAUAGGACUUUUCCAAUAUUUGCGAUUGCCCUUUGGCGUGGCAACUGCUCCAUCGAUUUUCCAAAGCAUCAUGGAUCAGAUUCUAGGAGACAUAGACGGUUGUGUAACGUAUCUGGAUGAUGCACUGUUAGGAGCAAGAACGCUAGACGAGUGUAGAAAAUUAUUAGAUCAGGUGCUAGAACGUUUGAGUAGAUUCAACGUGAAGAUUAAUACAGAAAAGUGUAAGUUUUUCGUGACGUCAGUGGACUAUUUGGGUCACACCAUCAGUAAGGAUGGAAUCAGGCCAAAUCAGUCUAAGGUAGAUGCAAUAGUAAAUGCACCUGCUCCGAAAAAUAUCAGUGAACUGCAAUCGUACCUAGGGUUGUUGAACUACUAUUCGAAGUUUAUCCCAAACAUCUCCUCAGAGUUAAGAGUUCUGUAUAGAUUACUUCGAAAGGAUGUGCCGUUCAGCUGGAAUAGAGAUUGUGAAGAGUGUUUUGUGAGAAGCAAGCAAUUAAUGGUGAAGAAUAAUUUGUUACAACUCUAUGACUCCAGCAAACCGAUUGUGGUAGCAGCCGAUGCUAGCCCAUAUGGCGUGGGUGCUGUAUUAUCCCAUGUUGUAGAUGGGGAGGAAAAACCAGUGAUUUUUGCCUCGUGUACGUUAUCGCCAGCAGAGAAAAAUUACUCACAGCUUCACCGGGAAGCUUUAGCUAUAAUUUUUGCAGUAAAGCGUUUCCACAAAUACAUUUAUGGACAUCGUUUCAAACUUGUGUCAGAUUGUGAAGCGUUGAAGGAAAUCUACCAUCCACGAAAAGGAACAUCGGUAAUUUCGGCGUCUAGACUUCAACGGUGGGCGGUAAUUUUGUCCAUGUACGAUUAUGAGUGGGAAUACAGACCAAGUAGGAAAAUGGCACAUGCAGAUGCAUUGUCAAGAUUACCAGUGUUAGGUGGCACAGAGAUUGAUGAAUCGUCUAUCAAUAGUUUAGAACAAUAUCCAGAACUACCGUUAAAGACAAGUGAUGUAGCGGAUCUUACAGCAAAGGAUAACAUUCUAUCACAAGUGUAUGAUUUUGUUCAGUUUCAAUGGCCGCAGAUUAUUCCGGAUAGGCUGAAAUACUAUUAUAAUUUACCUAAGGUAAUGAACGGUACGAACGCAGAAAAAGUUAAUGAACAGUUGGAUGAUUUUUUCAAAUUUGUCGGGUUACCAGAGCAGAUUGUGUCGGAUAAUGGACCACCCUUUAGUUCUUUUGAGUUUGUGCGGUAUUGGGAAUCGCUUAAUGUUAAGAUAAUGAAGAGUCCAGUAUAUCAUCCACAAUCAAACGGUGCUGCUGAAAGAGGAGUUCAGACAGUAAAAAGCUUUUCGAAAAAGAGAUUGUUAGAACAACAGGGCGGUAGGAAAACUUUGACUAAGAGAUUGAACGAAAUACUUGCUUGGUACAACAGUACCCCUUGUACGGUAACUAGGAAAUCCCCAAAUACGUACAAGUGA